AUGCUCCCAUGCGCAUCCUAUAAGCAAUUAUUGUAUCGAGUGAAAUGCAAGCAUUCAUCUAGCUGGACGCGAACCAAGGAGCAAAGCCCGCGUUUGUGGACCUACGCCCGGAUUGCGUGUUACGCUGCAAAAACGGCCGAGGCCGUACCACCACAAGCAGAAGGCACCGUCAACGGCCUCACCGGCAAAGACGUCAUUGUCCGGUACUAUGAAGCAUACAAUUCCGGGGAUCUGGACACCAUUGCUAGCCUGCUGGCUCCUGAUGUGUCGUACCACGACAUGAUUUACGAGGACCCGUUCGUUGGCCGAGAUGAGGUUCUCAACUACCUCAAAAAGGUUCGCCGUACAGUCCCGGCCGACCUGCAGUUCGUAAUCGAGGACGUCACAGAUGGUGACCCCCGGGCUGUGGGCAUUACCUGGCACGUGGAGUGCGGUGACGGUGUUGUGUUUCCGUUCUCCCGGGGCUGUUCCUUCUACACCCUCAACCCCCGGGGGCAGAUAACCACCGCACGGGAUUUGGUGGAGAGUGCGGCCAAGCCGGGGAGUACGGCACUGAAGCUGCUUGCGGCCCUGACCCCCGUGGUACGGCAACUGGGUCCCGCCGCCCACCCCUCCACCCUCAAGCGGCUGCCUCUGGCGUCAGCGGCUGUGUGGGCCUUUUACCUGGGUUACACGGCGUACAUCAUGUUGGGCACUGGAGCCCCGGGAUCACCUGCCUACAACACUCCACCUGAGGUGCUCCAGGAGGUGCUGUACGAAUCACUAAACUUCUUCUACAUCAACAUCGGCCUGGACGCGUUGGGCUGGGCUCCCGUACCUUCUGUAGCUUGCCACCCGGUUUCGGAGGCGCUGUUCAAUUUUGUGGCGGCCUGGUCCCUCAUGGCACUGCCGUACAUGCUGUCGGAUGGUCGCAGCCGAAAGCUGGGGGGAAGCGGGGGGAUUGUGGCCUGGUGGACCGGCAUCAUGUUCCUAACCAACGUGUUCUACAUCCCCUAUCUGGCACAACGCGCCGCACCUGAGCCCGUAACGCCUACCUCCGGCAGCGGCAGUAGCAGCAGCGGCAGCAGCACGACGGCGCCACAGCGGCAGCAGCCGCAGGUGCCCCCCCCGCCUCCACCCCCCAACUCCCCCCUGCCGCCCUGGUCGCCGGUCUUCGGAGCCACCGGACUGCUUGUGGGCCUUACCUCAAUCGGCUGGGCGCUGGCGGCGCGACCGGAGUACGGCGGUCUGGCGGAGCGGAUGUCGUACUUUAUUGAAACGAUGAAUUCCAACAGGGUGUUUUAUGCCUUCCUGGUUGACUCGGGGCUGUACUGCGUUUGGCAGGCCGUACUGAUGCAGAACACACCCGCAAGGUACCGCUUCGUGCCGUUCUUCGGUAUGGCAGCUCACCUACUGCGGAGGGGAGGGAGUGAGGAGGAGGGGGAGGAGGGGGGCUUGUGA